AGCGCGGCAUUGUAAGCGCUCUAUAUACAUAUAUAUGUUUAAGCGCUUUUUCGAGCGAACAUCACCCCCACGGGCCUGCACGGCGAGCCCGAGUCAAGUUUGCUGCAGCAGCAGAUCUCGCAAGCCUUGGCGAGUGCGUGCGAACGUCAUUUCACCGCGUUUUAAACGUCUCAGCUCUUUAUUAACAGUGCGCGAUGCUGUCUGCUUCGCGACAGUUACAUAGUUAAAUAUCCGCAUCGAACGAUCUGUUCCAUCUCGUUCAUCGCCGUUGGCGUACAGUUAUAUAGUCGUCGCCGUCGUCGUCGUCGUCGUCGAGGUUCUCGCAACUUUAUAUACAAAGAGCAUCCAACUUUAGCCCUGGCCCUCCUCGUCUAGUGUGCCAUUUCACUGCAUCGGGGAGACUACUGCACUCCGCUUGCAUCAUCGUUCGCGUCUCUCUGUUCGAUAUACACAAAUGCACAGGGAAUAUCUGGAAUUUAUUAGCAAGAUAGUUUAACAACAGAUACCAAAAUGAAAUAUAGUUUUGUAUUUCGAUAGGGCAUUGGUUGAAAACAAGAUUGUACAUGCGCAUGUUCUGCCUCUAAAUUUGUUUGCACAAUUAUUACGCAGUUAAACUGCUGCAGAAUUUCAUUGCAGUUACCAUUUUCACAUUAGUAAUUUAAAUGCGUUCUAGUUUUAACGACAAUAUGGGGCCUACUGUUAAGGAUUCUCCUCCAAGUAGCCCUAAUUCUGAAAGCAUGGGAAGUUCGACGUCAACCAAAAGAAAAAGAAGAACUCACGACGGACCUACAUCAGGUGGAUCUCAAAAUUUUGCUCAUGCAUCCCAGUAUGUACAUACUGAAUCCAAAUAUCAACCUAAAGAAGAAAAAGAACCAAAAUUAUUUGACAAUGGUGUUAGUGCUCCACAUAUGUUAGGAAAUCAACUGAAUCCUUCAUCCUCAAUGGCACAAAAAAUGUCCGACACUCUUUCACAAGAAAUGAAAGCUCAUUCAAUUUUCACCGAAGCAAAUAAUGCUGGAGUCAAUUUGGUUGGCCCUCCUUUACACAGUCGUGUAAUUGCUUCAGUUAAAGCUAGUCAAAAUGCUGCCAGUACUUCUUUCACUUCUAACAAUCCCGCAGGAACAAGUAAUAACAGCGGAGUUCUUGGAAGUGGUAAUAUUCCUCAAACUUUAGAUCAGCUUUUAGAAAGACAGUGGGAACAGGGAAGUCAAUUUUUAAUGGACCAAGCGCAACAUUUUGAUAUCGCAUCUCUCUUAUCUUGUCUCCAUCAAUUGAGAGCAGAAAAUUUGAGAUUAGAAGAAAAUAUUACUAGUCUGUUGCAGAGAAGAGAUCAUCUAUUGGCUGUUAAUGCAAGACUUGCAAUCCCAUUAACAUCACCAUCAUCAAAUAACAGUAGUCAUACAUCCAUUGUUGAAAAUGGUGUUCCAUCAAAUUCAUCAACUGAUUCAUCUGCUCAUUCCCAAUUUCCUCAUAGAUCAUCAGCUACAAAUCAACCUCAACAGAGUUCAACCAUUAGACAUGCCUCAUCUGGAGGGAAUAAUUAUCAAGGGCAAUCGAAUAAUUUGAUUACUCAAAAUAACUCCAAUAGUUCAAAUUUGAUACGAAAUACUUCUGUUGAUAUGAUACGAAGCAUCCAAAGAUAAAAUAUCUGUCCUAUUUAAAUUAUACAAUUUUAGUUAUCAUGUUAUGUACAAUGUUGAAUAGAACAAAAUUAUGUAAUAAUGAUAAUUUUUGUAAAUUUAACUAUAAAAUAGUAGUUUGAUACUUUUACUAUACCGGAAAGUUAGUUAUAGCUAUUUAAUAUUUAGAAUAAAUGGAACCAUUGCAUUUGUUUGAUAGGUAUGCAAUUUUAGAAGUGGUAAUAUUUCCAAUGAAAUAUUCAUGUCCUCUCACUUUUAGGACUAGCAUUCACAGUAUUUCAAAACUUUUGAUACACUUUCUAUGACUUGGCAAUCUUAAUCUUGCUACAUUUGUACAAAUGUGGUUGAAAUUUUUUAAAAAAAUUCAUACUGCCACUAUAGUUAAAAAAGUAACUGUAAGGUCUAGAACACACCUAGAUAAACUGUAAUUAUAACAUUUUUGUAUUUUUGAAUAAAUGACUGCAAUUAUUGUUUUAUUUGAAAAAA